GAUAACUCUAGUUACAACGGUUCUUUGUAAAAAAGGACACUUGUAAAGCUCAUCUUUCUUUUGGCAAAUGGCUGCUGUAGGAAACAAUUUGAUGUCAUUUUUACAAAGCAUGUCUCUGUGUGUGACAUGUAUGCAACACACUGUCAGAUAGAAGACCCAAAGCCAACUUCUCCUUCUCCCAGACUGUCAUUUGCAAAUCCAAAGAUAAGAGCAAGAUGAGCAUUGUUUCAUAGAAAAAUAGAACAAUUCCACAGAGAGACUUUGGGAAACUGGUAAUAUUAAUCAAGAGUUUGAAGUGCAUUUAAGAAAAAAAAUGAAGAGUGGUGUAGCACAGAUGAAUUCUGGUUCUACUAACGAAAAGAAGGAUUCUCAUAGUCUUCGGCGGAGAAGUUCCUCUCCAGAAGAAAGGUACAUGGAGCGACGGAAGUCUCGGUCACCAGAAGCCAGAGGUUAUUCAGAUCGCAGCAGAUCUGACCAAGAAUAUGCAGAAAAGAAACGCUACAGUGACAAACACACUGAAACAAGGGGAAGAGAAAGACAGGAAAGAGAAAAGGAAUUUGAUGGGAAAAGAUACAGGAGAUCUCCUUCACCUGACAGAAAAAAUGCAGCAGAGAGAUCGGCACUGCAGAGUUCUCUUCCUCCUGAAGAACCUCCUCCAAAGAAGAAAAAAGAUGAUAUAGAUCCCAUUCUCACCCGUACCGGUGGUGCAUACAUCCCUCCAGCAAAGCUUAGGAUGAUGCAAGCACAAAUCACUGAUAAAAAUAGUUUAGCAUAUCAAAGGAUGAGUUGGGAAGCCCUGAAGAAAUCCAUCAAUGGUCUCAUCAAUAAGGUGAAUGUUUCAAAUAUUGAGAAUAUUAUCCACGAGCUCCUGCAAGAAAAUAUUGUGAGAGGAAGGGGACUGCUGUCAAGGUCCAUUCUCCAAGCACAGAGUGCUUCACCAAUCUUCACUCAUGUUUAUGCAGCAGUUGUAGCAAUCAUCAAUUCAAAGUUUCCAAAUACUGGUGAACUGAUACUCAAGAGGCUUAUUUUAAAUUUCCGCAAAGGUUACAGAAGAAAUGAUAAGCAACUUUGCCUAACAGCUUCCAAGUUUGUUGCCCAUCUUAUGAAUCAGAAUGUGGCUCAUGAAGUUUUAUGCUUGGAAAUGCUCACGUUGCUUCUGGAAAGACCUACAGAUGACAGUAUUGAAGUAGCAAUUGGAUUUUUAAAGGAAUGUGGCCUUAAAUUGACUGAAGUGUCUCCUAGAGGUGUUAAUGCCAUCUUUGACCGCCUUCGUCACAUUCUGCAUGAAUCUGAAACAGACAAACGAGUUCAGUACAUGAUAGAAGUAAUGUUUGCUGUGCGUAAAGAUGGGUUCAAAGAUCACCCAAUAAUUCCAGAAGGACUGGAUCUUGUGGAGGAGGAAGAUCAAGUCACUCAUAUGCUACCUUUGGAAGAUGACUAUAAUCAAGAAGAUGUUCUUAAUGUGUUCAAGAUGGAUCCUAACUUUAUGGAGAAUGAAGAGAAGUACAAAGCUCUGAGAAAAGAAAUUCUUGAUGAAGGUGACAGUGAUUCAGAAGCUGGUCAAGAUGGUGGAAGUAGUGAGGAAGAAGAAGAGGAGGAGGAGGAUAAAGAGGAUGAGGAGGAUGAAGAAGGACAAAAGGUGACCAUCCAUGAUAAAACAGAAAUUAACUUGGUCUCCUUCCGACGAACCAUUUACCUUGCAAUUCAGUCAAGUUUAGACUUUGAAGAAUGUGCGCAUAAAUUGCUGAAGAUGGAUUUUCCUGAGAGCCAAACGAAAGAACUGUGCAACAUGAUACUUGAUUGUUGUGCUCAACAGAGAACAUAUGAAAAAUUCUUUGGUUUAUUGGCUGGGCGUUUCUGUAUGUUGAAGAAAGAAUAUAUGGAAGCAUUUGAAGGCAUUUUCAAAGAGCAGUAUGACACGAUACACCGGUUAGAAACAAAUAAGUUGAGGAAUGUUGCAAAGAUGUUUGCGCAUCUUCUGUAUACAGAUUCACUUCCGUGGAGUGUCCUUGAAUGCAUAACCCUAAGUGAAGAAACAACAACUUCUUCCAGUAGGAUUUUUGUUAAAAUAUUCUUCCAAGAACUUAGUGAAUACAUGGGACUUCCUAAUCUUAAUGCCAGGUUGAAGGAUGAAACUCUGCAGCCGUUCUUUGAAGGAUUGCUACCUCGGGAUAAUCCAAGGAACACCAGAUUUGCCAUCAAUUUCUUCACUUCUAUUGGUCUUGGAGGACUAACAGAUGAACUGCGUGAACAUCUGAAAAACGCUCCCAAAAUCAUCAUGACACAGAAACAAGAUGUGGAGUCAUCAGAUUCAUCAUCGUCUUCAGAAUCUGAUUCGUCUGGUUCAGGUGAUGAUGCCAGCAGCAGCAGUGGUGGCGGCGGCGGUGGCAGCUCCUCCACAGCAUCCUCCAGUGGGAGUGAAUCAUCUUCUGACAGUGAGCACAGCAGUGACUCAGAUGUGAAAAAGAGGAAGUCACAAAAGAAGAAGCUAUCAGACAAAAGUGUCAAGAGGAAACAUGGAAGCAAACAGAAACAACUUGAAAAGAAAAAAGAAAAGUGGCUGCCCGAGAAGGAAAAUGGUGCUGAGAAAAACUUAGAAAGGAAUGCAAGGGACUCAAAUAGCAGAGUUGAGGCAUCACAGAAACACUUUUAUGAAAGAGAUUAUUUUCAUGACAGAAACAGCCACUGGAGUGGAAAGGACAGGGAGCAGGAAAGAAAUAUGCCUUUGGAAAGCAAAAGUAGCCAUUCUAAAAAGAAAAGAGCAGAAAGGAGACGGUCCUUUUCAGAUGAUGAAGGGAGGGACAGACAGCGUGGUAAAGACGAGGAAUUCCACAGAAGAAAGGGAAGAUCCAAGUCUAGAGAAAGACACUCUAACUAUCCCAGUCCCAGGGAGGAUGAAAAACACAGCCGAUAUCCAGACCAGUUUAAAGAGUCAAGAAAAAAUGAGGGCAGGAGAAGACAAAGGGGGCAUUCCCCACAGAGACACAAGUGACUCUAGGCGUGUUACCUUGUGAUGAUGAUGGGAUUUUACAAUGUAGUAAACCAUUUUUUAAAAGGAUCUUUUAUACAAAACACUUAAAAACUUCAGUGGACCUUUACUGUUUCCAGUAUUCCAUCUUUUUAUGAUCACUGUUAAUAGCUGAUGCUUUUUGCUUACCUGCUAUGUAGAGAUGUUUGGAGACAAUAAAAAAUAAAUCUGUUUAUUUUGUGAAUAAAACAGGGAAAAUAUUCAUUUUAUUUGAAAUAGUACUGUUUUGCUAUUUUUUCUAAAUUGUAUUUAUGCUUUUUAAAUGUGUUAGACAUUCCUCAGGUUUCAUUUGUUGGGUGAUUUUGAGAUUUCAUUGCAGAUGUAAAAAAAAUCUUGCUUCAGAAAUAACAGAUCCUCUGCAUAUAUGAAUUCUGAAAUAAAACAGAACUUAUAGUUCAUUUUUUCUGUUGAUGAAUAUUGCAAACCACUUGCCUGGAACUUAAAGGUUUUACAGAAAUCUUUUAUGAUGUACUUUGUCAUAUUUGAUAAUCUCCUGUUUUCUUGGGGGGGUUUUGAAGAUCAUAACUAGGGAAUAAAGUUUAAAAGGGGGAAAGAAAUGAGACUUCAGUUUCAUUAGGACUUAGAAAAAAAGCAUGAACUCCAUAAACAGUGUUAAUAAUUCAUGCUUGGGCUAAGCUGGGCUCUCAGCUGAAAGCAGUUGCAAAUAGAUGCCAAUCAAAAGCUGCUCCAUGCACCUGAGAAAAACAUUUUUUUUUCUUCAGAGCUUAGAAGCAUCCUGCUGAAUUGGUGCAAAUGCCAGACUCCUUAAGUGAAACAGUUAAAAAACUAAAACUGUUAGAACAGUGUGCCACAUGUUGAAAGUAAAAUUGGUUAACAUCAAGUUGAAUAAGGAGUAUGGUAACUAAAGAUUGCUGGUGGUUCUAUGUAAGUUCAUUUUAUGACUGCAGUGCCACAAAAGAAAGCUCUUCAGGUAGGUUUAGCCUUUUUCAAAAAUGAUUUAUGGCUUAGGAGAAAGUUAUAAAAAGGUGGUAUGUGUAUUUUAUGCAGUAUUGCUUUACUUUUGCUGAAAACUAUUUGUAUGUACAAUAAUGACUACAGUCAACACACUGUAUUGGUAUUCUAGAAUUACUGUCAUUCAGAACCUGAUAUCAUCAAUAAUUUGUUUUCUAACUUUAAGAUCACAAACCACUUUUUAAUUUUUAAUAGCUUUUAUUAAUGGGGUUAGAAUGAAUGCUUCAACUAUUGCAUCAAAACCAGAAUUUAAAAUACUAGAAAAGCAAUAGAGAAGCUUUGCUUGAGCAAUUAGCCAUAUAAAUAGUGAUACAUUGUUCUAUAAUUUCUCUCAGUAAUUGUUUAUUUGAAUAAAAAUAUGGUGGAUCUGUGGAAUUACUUGGGUUGAGCAAUACCAGGGAGAAAGAGUACAGAGUGAAGCCACAGUGGAAACAGAUGACUGCAAAGAUUGGUUUACUUCUAUUAAACAUAAAUGUGAAUUUGUACAAAAGAAAUUUCCCCCAAAUGUAGUAUGCUUUUGUUCAUUACAGUUUGCAUAAUUUCAAAUCUCUUUCCUUUUAAAAUAAAGUCCAGUGUAACUUUUAUGAAA